AUGGACCAGAAAUCUGUAACUGCACUUAUACUAUUAGAUUUAUCGAAGGCAUUUGAUAGCGUACAUCACCCAACAUUGCUUAACAAGCUAAGACACAUUGGCGCAUCUCCUGAGGUAGUGAAGUGGUUCCAAAGCUACUUAACGGGCAGAUCACAAUUUGCCCGUAUUGGAAUGUCUGUUUCGUCAUCUCUUGACAUCACUCACCGGGUUCCACAGGGUGCUAUUUUAUCUCCACUCUUGUUUAGCAUCUAUGUAAAUGAGUUACCACUGGCCCCACGUCACAGCUCCCUUAAAUCGUAUGUUGAUGAUUCAAAGAUGUUCUUGUCAUUUCGUGUUAAAGACGCGACUGACACAAAAGAGUACCUUCAGGAAGAUCUCAGCCGAGUAGAAAAUUGCUGCUCUGAACUUCAUCUACUUAUUACCCCGGAGAAAACCAAGUAUUUUCUUAUCGGAACACGACAACAGUUACAAAAUCUCCCCACAGAUAUGUGCCUAAAUUUUCUAGGUGAAACUAUCAGGCCAGUUCCUUCAGCCAAGGAUUUAGGAUUAAUAAAGGACACCAACAUGUCAUACGAUUGCCAUAUCACCGAAUUAGUCUCCUCUUGCAUGUCCAAAUUGCCACAGAUCAACCGAGUAAGCAAAUGUUUUGAUAAAGAAACUAUAUCCCUCUUGGUAUCAGCAUUGGUAAUGAAUGAACUUCUUUAUUGCUCCUCUGCUUGGUCGAACACUUCGGCCAAAAAUAUUAACAAGCUAUAA